UGAGACGUACUUAAGGGCUCGUCAAGGAGGUUGUGGCCAGUCACUUGUUGCUCGGCGCUCGUGGUGGAACGUCUUGAGAGCCUUGUUAUUCCAUCCAUCACCACCAUGUCUAUCGUGAACGGAGUGGCCGUGGCGGCGGGCUCCAGCUCGCCUCAGUCACCACGAAACAAGUGCCAGUGUGGAGAGUCUACGACCAGCCCGACCUCCUCCCUCCACACUCAAGAAUCCUUCGAGGAGAGGAAGGCCCGGCUCCUGCACAUGGCCAGGGACAGAAGGUCGUCGUCGUCAGCAGGUCACGAGAAGUGUCCUUUCCACUUCGACAUGGAGCUGGACCACAAGCCGCCUACGAGAGAGGACAUCCUUCCAGAGUUGGCCGACAGUUACCGCUGUCUUAUCAAGAAUCUUGGCGAAGACCCGGACAGAGAAGGUCUUCUCAAGACCCCCAUGAGGGCAGCCAAAGCCAUGCUUUACUUCACCAAGGGCUACGACCAGACCAUCGAAGAUGUAAUGAACGGUGCGGUGUUCAACGAGGACCACGACGACCUGGUUAUCGUGAAGGACAUAGAAAUGUUUUCCAUCUGCGAGCAUCACUUGGUGCCCUUCUGGGGGAAGGUGUCCGUCGGCUACCUCCCCAACAAGAAGGUCCUCGGCCUCUCUAAGGUGGCAAGGAUUGUAGAGAUCUUCAGCCGCAGAUUACAAGUUCAGGAGAGGCUGACGAAGCAAAUUGCCCUGGCGAUAGUUGAAGCCAUCCAGCCCACUGGAGUAGGCGUGAUCAUCGAGGGAGUCCACAUGUGCAUGGUGAUGCGGGGAGUGCAGAAGAUCAACUCCAAGACCACCACCUCCACGAUGCUUGGGGUCUUCAGAGACGACCCCAAGACCAGGGAGGAGUUUCUCACUCUAGUCAAAUAAAGACUUUCUUCACUUCGCCAACGAUAAAGCGACAGAUCAAACGAGACAACGUGGCAAGGGAGAGACCAACUUGACAUUUAUGUUUUGACACUGCAAAACAGAGAUCAACGAAGAAUAUUUGAUUGCCACUAACGAGGAUCUUCGUUUCACAUGUUUUUAUAAUUUUAUAUUUUUUUACCUCGAUUGGUAGUUUUAUAUUAUACGGUUUUGGGAUAGAAAAUUAUAUAGUAUGCUUUUUAAAAAUUAAAAAAAACCUUAUCAAUCUUAAGUAGAUAUUUUAAAUAUUAAGUCUUAAGUUUUUUACGCAUAUUCUAACAUCUCGAUAACUUUAACUGUAAAUGUAUUUGUGGAAACAAAUAUUUUAAAUCAUAAUUUGAGCUACGUAAAGAUUUAACAAAUCAUAGUUAUAUUAAUGAACUGUUAAAUGGCUUCGUUGGUCAUAAAAUUAAUUCCUCGCGAAACGUUUUUUGUUUCAUUUCGGUAGAAAGUUUCAGUGAUCAUUGUUGUCACUGUUAAUUUAAUGCCAAAGAAGUGAGGGUGAAUCUUCUCCACUUGUUCCUCAAUCUAGGAACGGUGUUUAUUCCAUUUAUUUUUAUAUUUAAAUAUAUAGAUCAUAUCGGUAUCUUCACCAUGGAAAAAGUACCUAAAAGUGGUUCGUCCCAAAUCAUAGCAACGAGUGGUGUGGUACCGCAAAGUGCCAAAUCAAAGUACCAAGACAACCUGAAUAACUAGUGUGUUUCUUGGCUGUGGAUUUCCAGUGCUUCCCCCACGGCCGGUCACACCCUUAACAUCUGUUGACGCCGGUGUUUAGCAGGUGAGCAGCCACAGGACGCCCCGCCCCGUGCUUCCCUGGGGACAUUGUCGCUUCUCAUCUCCUAAAACAUCUGGCGUUUGCCAGAAUUCACUUUAGUCUUGGUUCUUGAUACGUAUAUUAAAUACACGUGAGAAGAAGUCUCACCGUAAUAUAUUUUGUAUGUAUUUUAUUAAAUACAGGUUCGUUAAGGUUAUGAUCAGUAUUAAAGAGAACUGUUUGCUUCCCGUUUCUCUACGAAACACGAACAAAGUACAAUUACGCUUCUCAUCUACAUGCAUAAAGUCUUUCUGUGGUGUUGUAUAGGCUGGCUCUCCUUGCCUGCAGCCGUCUCCUCUCCUCCUCUCGGGGAUGAGCUCGGAGGCUGGCUCAAGGAGAGCGAGUCUACACUCGCCGCAUUAGCAACUGACGGGUUGUCGGUUGUUGAAGGUGCCUAUACAGGUGUAGACAACACUGUCUACGCUGACAAUUGAAUUUUAAGUGUUUACACGUUGUAUUACGCUUUUAUUAGUAACCAUAAGUACAUGGACCUGGGAUGCUUUGGCAGACUUGAUUAUUGAAAUAAAUGUUUAUAUGAAAA